CUGUGCGAUGUGCGCCUGUCCUGUGCUCUUUAUUGAAAAUUUGAUCUUGUUAACAUAUUACUUCUGUUAAAUUUCAUUUUCACGAGUAUUUAUUUGAUGUUUAGUUUCGAUGCCAAGAAGGGAUCCAUGCAAAAAAACAGCUUGUGAGAUUCAAAAGUGUUUACAAGGCAACAAUUAUCAAGAAUCUGCUUGCCAGCUUGUAAUUCAGCAAAUGCUCGACUGUUGUAAACAGUGGGAACAUCUUCAUACUGUUUCGUGUUCUGGAUUUUCUGCGCAGCCUAGAGAAGAUAAUACUGUUUCAAAGGAAAAUGGGCAAUAAAAAACUGUUUGCUCCAUCGGCAGACCGUAAUAAGGACCCGAUUUUGGAAAUUUUACAAAAAUAUUAUCCUUACGAAAAAAACAAGGAUAAUCGUCUCGUUUGCUUAGAAAUUUCUUCUGGAACCGGGCAGCACGUUGUUCACUUUGCAAAGAGUUUGCCUUUUAUGACAUUUCAGCCUUCAGAAUUUACCAUUUCCAAUUUACCGAGCAUACGAGAGUAUGUAGUACAAUCGGGUUUAACAAAUGUAUUAUCUCCUUUAGCCAUCGAUGUAACAGAUCCCAUUGAUCGCUGGAAUUUGGCUCGAGAAAAUUUUGAUUUAAUUCUAAAUAUCAACAUGAUGCACAUUAGCCCUUGGGAGUGCACGUUAUCCUUGUUUGAGAAAGCCGGCAAAUUAUUAAGUUCCAAUGGCUUGCUCAUAACCUACGGACCUUAUGCGCAUCACGGAUUGAUAAGUCCUGAGAGCAAUAUUAUUUUUGACCAAUCCCUGAAAGCCCGAGAUGUCCAAUGGGGUUUGCGAGACAUUGAUGAAUUGCAAAGUGUUGCUAAUCGAAACGGAUUAGAACUGAUGGGCAUUGAAAAUAUGCCAUCGAACAAUAAAACCCUUGUUUGGAAAAAUAUUUUAAAUCAAAGUGAAAGGGAUGUGAUGUGAAACGUGUGUAAAUGGUAGUGUGGCGUGAUUUUGUAAACUAUGAUCGCGAUUGAUUGUUUAAUAUUCAAAGUUUACGUUUUAACUCGUAAAAUAUAUUCUACAAAAAGCGUAA